AUGACCCUUGCGCCGCCCGAGUCUGUCGUGCCGGAAGAUCUCCCGGUGCAGUUCCAGGCCGCCGUCAAGAAAUACGUGCAAGGCAAAGGCAAGACCAAGAAGACGCGCCCGAAGAAGCAGCCUCGCCUGACGCCCGAGCAUGUAGCCGCCACGACGUCGGCCGCGCCAGACAUGGAAGCCAUUCUCCGGUGCACGUGGGCGCUGCAAGAGCCCCUCAACUUGGAGGCACUGCCGAGCACGACGCUCGUCAACGUCAUGAGCGCCACCAUGACCUGCUUGUUCGAGACGCACCAGGCGAUUCCGCUCGCAAGCCUCGUCGGCGCAAAGGACGGCGACGUGGCAAUACCACCGCGCACGACGAUCCAGGCGGCCAACGGGCACCCGAUCUACCGCGUCCUGCUUGGGAUCGCGCGUCGCUGCGUCUCGAUGGUCUGGUGCCGGCCCGACGCCGAGACUACGUUCAGCGACCUCAUGACCAUGCUCAUGACGUGGAUCGAAGCCGACGCGACGACGUGGGCGUGGCUCUUGGCCUUUAUCGGGACCCAUGCGACGCGACCGUUGCUUGAGCACACGCUUCGAACCAUCUCAACGCAGGGUGCCCAGACGUCGCCAAGCCUUCUCGCCAACCUCACAAACUUCCUCGUCCCGACGUACCCGCUGUACGUCGCACCGGCUGUCUUUGCCGUCGUCGCGGCUGCCUCGGACGAGCAUCUCUGCCUCCUCUGCAGUGUGCUCCGCGAGUGCCCACAGCUCGUCCUUGCUUGCGACGGACAUCUGUCGACCGUCCCGCUCGACACGCUGCGGCGCCGCCUCGCGUCCGCCGACGUUCGCCGCCAGCUCCUCGAAGUGUGCACGGCGCGCGCCGCCGAACUGGUUCAAACGCCGAUCCACACCAUUUUCGCACUCGAAAGCCUCGGCGCCGAGUGUCCCUUCCACGCCGAGUACCUCGCGUAUCUCCCGACGAACGUGUCCUUUUUCCAGCGCACGAUCGAGUCCCUGGCGCACCUGGUGACGACGCUGCCAGCCAGUGACGCGCCGUCGUCGUUCCAUGUGUACUUUUGGCCACUCGUGGCUCGCCACGGCAGCGCUGCCCAGAUCCGAGAGGUUUGCAGCGCCCUGUUGCAUCUACCCAACGGCCUCGCGCGUUGCGAGCUGCUGCUGCCACACUUGCCACCGGUGUCAAUUGCGAGUCUGUUGGAUCUGCUCGCGUCCCAGCUCUCGGCUGCGCAUCCGCACCAGACGCAGCGCGCCCUGCGAGGGUUGAUUGCACUUGUACCACCGAGCGCCGACGUCGAAGUGCCCACCGCGCACUCGAUCGCCGGCCAGCUCGACGCGCUGGCGGCGUGGAAAGCGAGCUCUGGCGUGGCCCACUGGCACGCCGUGCUAGCGCAAGCACGCAGCGCCGACCGUGCGACGUCCGAUUUGGCGCUCUCGGUGCUCGAGUCGCUGCCGUACCCGACGCUUGAGGACCCGAUCUGGCAAUACACGUGCGUCUACAGCCUUCUGCAGCUUUUCUUUCGCCGCCUGGGUGAGCAGCAACCGCUCGCAAGCCUCACACGCGUGCUCUCGCGCAUCAUCGCCGGCGGCGGCGGCGUCGCAGCGUACCCAGCGUCCGUCGCGACCACGUUUACGUGCCUCUUUGUGGACGCAGUUCUUAGCGCGCACGCGCCGACAACCAUUUCGCACCAUGUGCCGCAAGAGCUCAACUUUUUCCAGCCGGACGACCGACCCGUCUCGGACGCUGGCCACGUCUUUCGCAAGCUCUCGGCAGCCAACACGCUGCGUCCGUACGACCCGUUUCCAACACCUUGCGGGAGCAAGGACGCGAGUAGCGAGGUGUCGACCUCUGUGCUUGCGCAACUGCAGCUUGGCCGCGCCAAGUGGGUCGAUGCUGCGCUUCCAGCGCCGUCGACGUACGACGCGAUGCUCCAGGGACUGUACAAGGAGAAAAUGGCAGCCGCUGUCGCGUGCUGCGCCGAGGCAAAGGCGCUUUUGCUGGCGACGCAGCCCGACUGGAGCGGCCUCGUCGAUUUGCUUGUCGAGCGCAUGCUGCCGGUCGCAGUGUUUAUGCCGGCCGAUGAGCAGUACCGCGACGUGCUGCCCGAGCGCACCAACUUCGACGUUGAUUUGCGCAUGGAGCAGUGGUUACUGCACUACCCGUUUGUUGUCUCGCUCCUCGAGUGCAUCGUCGCGUACGGCCCGCCGCAUGCGGUGCUGCGCUGUCUCCCGCUGCUCAAGAGCCUCCUCGUGGUGCUCAUCAACUAUUGGCACGCGCGUCGGCACCAGCGCCUCGACGACGUCCAAGACGAUGGCACACCGCCGCACUUGCACAUGUCGCACAUGCUCGCGGUGACGUUGGAGGUCAUGGCGGUCAUUGCGCAGACGCAGUGGAUCCCGGAGCCGCUCCAAGGCUGCGGAACACUCUUCCCACUUCUGACACCGCUGGACAUUCGGUCGAUCUUGCACGCGCUGUGGCUCUACCUGAGCGACCACCCGCCGACGCGCCACGCACGUGAGAACGGCAACAUGGAGUACUACCUUAUGCCGCUCCAGCAUGCCGUGCACCGCAACAUGGCCGCCAUCGGACCUCUCUACGCCCAGUUCGCCUUGCAUUAAUAUCACAUUAUGUGCUGC